AUGGGCCCCGGCCACGACUACUACGAGCGCGGCAACCUGGACGUCUUCAGCGGCCGCGGGCCCUGCGGCCUCUCGGCGCCGCUGUGCCGCCUCAACCUCACCUCCGACGGAUCGGGCCCUCACCACGGCUGGUACUGCGAGUACGUGGAGGUGACCGUGGCGGGGCCGCAUGUCCCCUGCACACAGACCCUCUUCUACGUCCGCCAGUGGCUCGCCAUUGACGCCCCUCCCUACCAGCUAAACGCCCUCGUCGACGGCUGCGAGCAGGCGAUGCGCCUCGAGCCCGUUCAGCCCUUGGUCGCCGGCGGCCGACCGGAUCCGGCCGCUGUCUCCUUCGCGUGA